AUGUCGUUACUGAAACUGUGGAACAAAGAAUCAAAGGCGUCCUCCAAAAUAAAGACUCAUGGCAUUGUUGGCAGUUACGGAAAUAGCAUGCUGGCCCAUAAUAACGUGAAGCAAUUUCGUAUAGAUAUAGAUGAACCGCACAGAGUUUGGAAACCCAAUGAAAGCAUAACCGGAGAAGCGGUCAUCGAUAUAAAGAGAGACAUAACUAACGUAGCGAUCAAGUUGUCGCUAGUAUGUGAAGUUCGCGUGAAAACUGGGAACAGCCCAACCUCCAAGAAUAAGAGAAUCGAGAAAACUUUAGAGAAAUCGACGUUUCUUUAUGGACAAGACUACGUAAAGACAGCAUUUUCGGCUAAGGAAAAGAAACCGCACAUUGAUAAAGCUACUAUUCUCAAUGGUCUAAGCAAGGGGGAACAUAGGUUUCCCUUCAGGAUACGGAUACCAAGAGGCAGGGGAAUGUUGAGCUCUAUAAAAUUCGAAAGGGGCUCGAUAACGUACUUCCUCUUUUGCACCUUAGAGUCCCUCAAUAAUGUCAACGGAGUAAAAAAACCUGAAGCAAAAUGUGAACAUGAGUUCGCAGUCAUAGUUCCCCUGGACGUGUCGAGGCUGCCCAAGCCGAAGACCAAAACGGUAGUCCUACAAUCAGCAUCCAUGGUCCAAAAUAAAAAGAGCAAAUUUACAGAGGACGAGUCCUCAUCAUAUACACAGCUAACUCAAAAGUCUAACAAUUCUAAUUCUUCUAGCAGCUCAGUAAACUCUAAAACGCCUCCUCUACCAAAUAAAACGGUGACUAUAUCCGUAGACAUACCGCAGGCUGGAUUCAUGAUUGGAGAGAUUAUCCCUAUAGACGUGAAGAUCGACCACUAUAAACCUUUCUAUGCUCCCGCGGGUCUCACCACCACUUUGGUGAGAAUAUGUAGGGUCGGUGGUGCAGGCAAAGAUGACCCUAUGGAGACCUUCAGAAAAGAUAUUUGUCAAAGCAUCUCCCCAAUAUACAUCAACCCUGAAACGUUGCAGUUCCAAUCUAGAGUCUAUCUGAAAGUACCCCUCGAUGCAUUUUCGACCCUAACUACUGUGGCCAAAUUUUUUUCCUUUCAGUACUAUAUCGAAGUUAUGGUUAAUUUAUCCAAAAAAAAUGUGGUUUACACUGAAUCUAAUAGAAUAAUAGGAACACCUAUCGAAGAACAGAAUGGCUUGGGCGUAGAAAAUAACAUCAACCGUAUCCAAAGGAAAAUGCUACGUAUGGUCAAUCCAGAAACUCUGGAAAACGAUUCUGAAGGCUAUGAAUCCAGUAUAUUUUUCAAAGAUAUGGUAAAUGUAGAAAAGCUGAAGAGGCUGAGAAAUGUUACUGGUAUGUCCAUAGAAACCGUCAUAGGAACAACGAGAACCGAACAGCUUCAGGACGAUACAAACCUCCCUCGCCAACCUUCAACCACGGUUCCGCAUAGUUCUGAAUCGGAUUUAAGAGAUUGGUUGGCCCCAUUAAAUGCGUACGAAUGUGAUGGUGCCCCAGUUCCAAAGUAUUCUCCAAAUGAUAAAGUUAAUGUACCGUCGGAAGACAAACAAGAACUUGAACAAAAAAGACUACAACAACUAGAAAGCGACCCUCCUCCUUGUGAUGACUAUUAG